UGCACUUAGAGUUUCCCCUAAGUUGAUUCCCGCCGGCAUGACUGACUUCAAUCGUUUCCCUUUCAACAAUUUCACGUACUAUUUAACUCUCUUUUCAAAGUACUUUUCAUCUUUCCCUCACGGUACUUGUUCGCUAUCGGUCUCUCGCUUAUAUUUAGCAUUAGGUGAAAUUUACCACCCAUUUAGAGCUGCAUUCCCAAACAACUCGACUCUUAGAAAACGUAUUAAAUAA